UUGUCUUGCUUGUUACAGCUUGGUUAUACCGCACGUUUGCAGUACGCUAGUCGUGCUACGAUUAUUGAGAUCAAACUGGUGUAUGGACUAGGUCUGGGUGUUGCAUCAAUCUGUUGUGUCAGUGUAAUCUUCUAACAUUUUUUGUACGCACGUGUUCUUGUGCGCAACAUGGCGGCUGAGGAGAGAGGCUUCGAUGCUGUGUUUGCUGAAACUGUCGCUGAUAGAUUUUUGUGCCCCAUUUGCUUUCUAGUUUUACGAGAACCGAAACUCACAGAUUGUGGCCAUCACUUUUGUGCAAAUUGUUUUGCAGACUUGCCAAGCGCACCCGUAGAAGUACCUGCACUAGGCGACGAGUCGUAUAUCUCUUGCCCUUCGUGUAGGGCGCGGUUGACGAAAUCAGAGAUUUUUUCCAACAAUGCGCUGAAACGAGAGAUACUGGAUUUGAUGAUCAAAUGUGAUCGACAUGAGAAAGGUUGUGAAUGGGUUGGGGAGUUGAGAUACAGAGAGACUCAUGAGAAGAAAUGUGAAUAUGUUGAAGAAACGUGUGAAAACAAGUGUGGAAUAAUGGUGAUACGAAAGGAAAUGAAAAAUCACAAGGCAAGACUGUGUGGAAGGAGAGUCAUUAGUUGUGGUUAUUGCAGUGCCAGAAUGGAAAGGAUGGAUCUUGCAGCUCAUCACCUGACAUGUCUUCUGUAUCCUGUUGGCUGCGUCUACUCUUGUGGGCAAACGUUGGCAAGGGGUCAGAUGGAAGAUCACACUGGCAGGCAAGGAAAUUGUCCAAACAGUAUUCUUAGUUGUGAUUUUAGAGAUAAUGGGUGUCAGUUUGAAGGAAAACGUCAUGAACUGUUAAGGCACAUUGAUAGUAACACAGCUAACCAUCUUGGUCUGAUUGCGAUGGAACUAAGAACAACCAAAUUAAAGUUGGAGAAAACUGAACAGAAGUUGGAGAAAACUGAACAGAAGUUGGAGAAAACUGAACAGAAGUUGGAGAAAACUGAACAGAAGUUGGAGGAUUCUGAACAGACUUUAAAGAAAACUGAACAGAAAUUGGCAGGCACAGAAGGUAGACUGUCAGAGGUGGAAUCACAGUUGUGUGAAGAAUUGAUCAGAAGGAAAUAUUCUCUUCCACCUGUUUUAACUGCUAGCAAGUUUGUGCACAAAUGGAGAAUAGAGAACUGGUCUGAGAAAGUCAUACAAGCAAAAUUAGAGAAACCAGGUGAAAAUUCGAUUGAGAGCAGUCCAUUCUAUGUAUACCCUGGGUAUCAUCUGUAUCUUGAAGUCUAUCCAGUUGAUGUUAUUGAUGCCAAUACUUUUGAGAACUAUGUUGGUGUUUAUCUGUUUCCAAGUUUUGGAGAGUUUGAUGAGAGGCUUGUUUGGCCUUUUCCAUUUUCAUUUGAUCUUGCAAUUAUUGAUCAACAACUAGCAGGAGUGAACGUUGUUCACCGGUGUUCACCUCCCUACAAGAAUGCAUUGAAUCUUGGAACCGAAAUGACGGGAAGGGGUAAGCCAAGGUUUGUCUCUCACAAACGUUUAGAGUCUCAUCACUACAUUAAGGACGACUCUAUUGUUUGUGAACUGACUAUUCAUAUGAAGAAUUAGCUUGAACUGCCACUCCACAAAACUAAAAAAAAGCAACAGUUAUAGAUUUCAUUGGUAGUUGUCAUUGUUAUUGUGAUUAUGUUAAUUAAGGGCAGCUAGUUUUUGUUUUUGUAAAAGUGAGUUGCAACAAUCAAUUUCAUACAUGUAUUCUUUGCUACUAGUACAUUGCUGCACGAAAUUGUAUGAAACAUAACUUUACUUAUUAAUGGAUUUUACAGUUUUGUAAC